UUUUCGUUUUGUACAGAGUUCCGACUUUCCGAGUUAGGUAUUCAUAUUUCGUGUUAUUACUAGUUUUUUCUCGGUAUUUUUCAUUAAAAAUUCCCAAAAAUUUGGUGUUCAUCGCCGAUUGUUGUCGUAGAUAACCAUUCGGGCAGCCGGACAUAAUUCCUAGCAUUUUCGGUUUGUUUUUGCGACGAUGGCGGAUAGUGCCAGCGAAAGUGAUUCAUCGUCCAUCGACGGCGGACCCAUCAUGAUGCCUCCGUCACCGAUCACAAGGGAACAGAUGCAAAAGCGAAUCGAUUCCUUGCAGCAGCAAAAUCGGGUACUCAAGGUAGAAUUGGAAACUUACAAGUUAAAAAUGAAAGCAAUGGACGAAGAAUGCAAACGACUGCGUGAAACUUCGGUUUAUAUUCAAGUUAGAGCAGAACAAGAAGAAGAGUUUAUUAGUAAUACCCUUCUGAAAAAAAUUCAAGCUUUAAAAAAAGAAAAAGAAACUUUAGCUCAUCAUUAUGAACAAGAAGAGGAAUGUUUGACAAAUGAUCUGUCACGAAAAUUAACUCAGUUACGACAAGAGAAAUGUAAAUUAGAACAGACUCUAGAACAGGAACAAGAAUGUUUAGUUAAUCGGCUAAUGCGUAAAAUUGAAAAACUAGAAGCAGAAACUCUUACAAAGCAAACAACCUUAGAGCAAUUACGGCGUGAAAAGGUUGACUUAGAAAAUACAUUGGAACAAGAACAAGAAGCUUUGGUAAAUAAACUAUGGAAACGUAUGGAUAAAUUAGAAGCAGAAAAAAGGCAAUUACAAAUAAAACUGGAUCAGCCUGUUUCCGAUCCAGUAUUACCUAGAGAUCAAGUAGGACCCAACAAAGGUGAAAUGGCUACAAAUAUAAGUGCACAUUUACAACAUUUGCGUGGAGAAGUUACCAGAUUGCGACACCAGCUUGAUGUUUCUAAAAAAGAAAAUUCCAAAAAAAUGGAAAAAAUGGCUAAAGAAGAGCGUCAAGUGCGUGAAGACAAUUUACGAUUACAAAGAAAGUUACAACUUGAAGUGGAAAGACGUACAGCUUUAUGCCGUCAUUUAUCAGAGUCUGAGAGUAGUUUAGAAAUGGAAGAAGAACGUCAGUAUAAUGAAAUGGCUUCAAAUCGAUGCCGAACAUCAUCAAGUCCACUCCCAUUUCCUCCAUCUCCUAGCCAAUCUAGGCCUCUUAGUCCUGGAUCCACUGCUGGAACGCCAGGAGUGUUUCGUGGCGAAAUUGGUGUAUUGGGCUAUGCCAAUAUGAAUCGAUGUUAUGUUUGUGGUCAAGCUGUACCAUCGAAUCUCGUCAUAGGAGCACCAUCAACACCUUUAUGUCCUACUACUCAAGUGAUUAAUCAAUCUCGAACCCUAUCAUUGGGACGUCCAGUCAGUGAACGUUUUGUUAAGCCAAUAGUGCCACUAUCAUCUAAUGUAGUUAAUAGUGGUAGUUUACCAAGCGGAUCACAAAUUCCCUUGCCCAAUUCAAUGUCACCGUCAACAUUGCCUGCAACACUGAUGGAUUCAGCCAAGUACUAAUUUAAUCUUAUUUAUGUACAUACAAAAAGAGCAUAUAUUAUAAUAUUAUCUAUGUAUGUAUAAUUUUAUUUUUAUUGCUUUAAUAAGUUGUGAAGUUCAAUAUAUAAUACAUUUUCAAACAAAUAAUAUCAGUUAUAUAAUAACAUUAAGUUUGUAAUUUAUACAUGAAUGAAAUCGUUUCAAAUUAAAAAAAUCAACUAACAAUUAAAUAGUAAUGGAGAGAUCCUUAAUAAUAAGUUGCAUAUUGUGCAUACUAUGCCAUUGUAUUUUUUUUUUAUUAUUAUUAUUAAUUUAUUAUUUAUGAAAGUUUAUUAUCAUAUUUAACUAUAUAGUUUUUGGUUGGGUAACAUUUGGUAAGAAAAUAGUAAACCUAGUUCAAUGUGAUUUGCCUCUUAUUGUACCUAAGCAAAUGUUUUGUGUAAAGCAAUAGUUGAAUUUUUUUUCAUUUGUAAACUAUAUAAAAGUUAAGUUAUUUUUGAUGUAUGAUUAAUGUUUGGUAAAAGUAAAUUAUUACCUAUUU